UGACGGCUAGUGAGGAAGCUUGUGCUGCCAGUCGUGCAGCCAAAUUUGCUGCCAAAGAGGCUUAUGGUCCCAAGUAUGCCGUUAUCGCCGCUGGCAGUAGGACCCUAAAAAGAAACAUGGAGGCGAAAGAAAUCUCCACAGGCACGAAGUCUAAAGAUGAUGCACGUCCAACAAAGGAACCAAAGAAUUCCGAGGACUAUUCAGGCACGAAGUCUAAAGAUGAUGCACAUCCAACAAAGGAACCAAAGAAUUCCGAGGGGAAAAAGGUUCUCACGGAAAAUACUUCCAAUUUUCCUGCCACUUGUCGAUUUGUUGCUGAUGGCCGUAUAAACGCUUCCUUGGCCCGUUGGUCUGCUAAAAUUGCACGUAAUCGUGCUUCUGUUGCUCGUGAUCGUGCUUCUACUGCCCUCUGCAUCGACAAGGCCAAUGCUGCUCGUGCUGCUGCUGACGCUGCUGAUGCUGCUGCUGUUGUCGCUGAUGACGCUGCAGAUGCUGUUGAUACUGCGACUGAUUGCAUUGCCGCUGGCAUUGUUGCUUUUAGUCACACUAAAGCUGUCGAUGAUUAUGAAGCUGCCAACACUUUAUAUAUGAACCACCCAGACUAUUAUGCUGCUCUAAUGACCGCUAUUAAGGAUGCCGGUGCUGCCAGUGGUGCAGCCAGAUCUGCUGCCGAAGAGGCUGAUGCUGCCAAGUAUGCCCUUAUGGACACCGGCAAAAGGACCCUAAAAAGAAACAUGGAGGCGAAAGAAAUCUCCACAGGCACGAAGUCUAAAGAUGAUGCACGUCCAACAAAGGAACCAAAGAAUUCCGAGGACUAUUCAGGCACGAAGUCUAAAGAUGAUGCACAUCCAACAAAGGAACCAAAGAAUUCCGAGGGGAAAAAGGUUCUCACGGAAAAUACUUCCAAUUUUCCUGCCACUUGUCGAUUUGUUGCUGAUGGCCGUUUAAACGCUUCCUUGGCCCGUUGGUCUGCUAAAAUUGCACGUAAUCGUGCUUCUGUUGCUCGUGAUCGUGCUUCUACUGCCCUCUGCAUCGACAAGGCCAAUGCUGCUCGUGCUGCUGCUGACGCUGCUGAUGCUGCUGCUGUUGUCGCUGAUGACGCUGCAGAUGCUGUUGAUACUGCGACUGAUUGCAUUGCCGCUGGCAUUGUUGCUUUUAGUCACACUAAAGCUGUCGAUGAUUAUGAAGCUGCCAACACUUUAUAUAUGAACCACCCAGACUAUUAUGCUGCUCUAAUGACCGCUAUUAAGGAUGCCGGUGCUGCCAGUGGUGCAGCCAGAUCUGCUGCCGAAGAGGCUGAUGCUGCCAAGUAUGCCCUUAUGGACACCGGCAAAAGGACCCUAAAAAGAAACAUGGAGGCGAAAGAAAUCUCCACAGGCACGAAGUCUAAAGAUGAUGCACGUCCAACAAAGGAACCAAAGAAUUCCGAGGACUAUUCAGGCACGAAGUCUAAAGAUGAUGCACAUCCAACAAAGGAACCAAAGAAUUCCGAGGGGAAAAAGGUUCUCACGGAAAAUACUUCCAAUUUUCCUGCCACUUGUCGAUUUGUUGCUGAUGGCCGUAUAAACGCUUCCUUGGCCCGUUGGUCUGCUAAAAUUGCACGUAAUCGUGCUUCUGUUGCUCGUGAUCGUGCUUCUACUGCCCUCUGCAUCGACAAGGCCAAUGCUGCUCGUGCUGCUGCUGACGCUGCUGAUGCUGCUGCUGUUGUCGCUGAUGACGCUGCAGAUGCUGUUGAUACUGCGACUGAUUGCAUUGCCGCUGGCAUUGUUGCUUUUAGUCACACUAAAGCUGUCGAUGAUUAUGAAGCUGCCAACACUUUAUAUAUGAACCACCCAGACUAUUAUGCUGCUCUAAUGACCGCUAUUAAGGAUGCCGGUGCUGCCAGUGGUGCAGCCAGAUCUGCUGCCGAAGAGGCUGAUGCUGCCAAGUAUGCCCUUAUUGACACCGGCAAAAGGACCCUAAAAAGGUGAUAGAAUGUCUCCAAACUAUUUGUCAAAAUUCUCUUUUGCUGCUCAUACUGCCGUUUUCAUUAGCUUUAAAAAUCCAAAUUUUGAAGCCUUUAUAUUAAACCUUCACAAUUAGUUUCAAUAGGAUGGCUGAUCUCAGGACCCACAAAAGUCGUCCUUCGAAAGAUACUUUUUUUUAAUUUAUUGUUAAUUAAAAUGCAAGAAUUGUGAUGGUUUCUAUAUCAAUCCUAAAAGAAACAUGGAGGAGAAAGAAAUUGGUCCUUAGACUUACUUCUUUACGUUUAAUAAACUCUCCACAGUUAGUUUCUACUUUAUUUUCUCGAACAAAAAGAAAAUCUCUAGUUAUAAGAUUCAAGCUAUAGAAACCCACCACUUCUACUGGAGUCUUUGUCUAAAAUAGAAGUUAUUAGGAGGAAAUUGCUCUGUGGAUGUUUUAAGUACAGCUUAUUAUGGAAUACAUAAAGCAAUUUGCCUUUUAUUCCUUAUUGUAAGAAUCAACUACUCAUCGGAUACUAUGAAGCUUAUACUUUCCUUCUAUUUUUAUGAUUUUAAAGAUUAUGCUGAUGUCUUAGUUUAUUAAGAGGAGUGACGAUAGAGUACUCUUAAUCAAUAUUAUCUGUACAUAUUUUAUGAGAUGGAAUCUGAAUUUACCCACGCGUAAGAGUGGCAAAGGAUUCAUGGUCUAUGAAACUGAAUUUGAGUUUAUCAAUAUAUACAUUCUGAUCUAUUCAAUGGAA